CAAUCAGCGGCGUGGCCGGGUGGGCGGGGCGGGGAUGGACUGAGUGCGGCACGCGCCUCCCGCGUCCCACCAGCCCCGGCCCCGCACCUCCGCAUCCCCGCAUCCCCGCAUCCCCGCCCCGAGCGCUUAAGCGGACGGACGCUCGCUGAGGUUGGGUCUGAUUUGGCUCAUCUUGGGGAGGGGUCCUUUUAUUUAAUUAAUCGAUCGAUUUAUUUAUUUGCGUAUUCAUUCAUUCAUUCAUUCAUUCAUUUCCUCCCGGCGGGGAAGGGGAAGGGGCGGCCCGAGGAUGCGGCGCGGGACUGCGCUCGCUGCACCCGGACCCGAGAGCCCAGCAGGAUGCCCAGUGAUGCUGCUGUACAAGGCGGACAUGCAGAGCCCUUAUGAGGAGACUAGUCUAGCGGAGCUGGUGGCAGCACCUGCUGCUGGCAGGAGGGCGUGAACUUCAGUCACAACACAACCCUCAGGAAGCAUGUCGAAGAAAGGCCGUGCUGGCAAGGGCGAGAAGCCCGACAUGGAGACGGACCCGGUGCAGAUGGCCAACGAGGAGCUGCGGGCCAGGCUCACCAGCAUCCAGAUCGAGUUCCAGCAGGAGAAGAGCAAGGUGGGGAAGCUGCGCGAGCGGCUGCAGGAGGCCAAGCUGGAGCGCGAGCAGGAGCAGCGGCGCCACACGGCCUUCCUGUCGGAGCUGCGUGCCAAGCUGCACGAGGAGAAGACGAGAGAGCUGCAGGCUCUGCGUGAGGCCCUCAUCCGGCAGCAUGAGGCCGAGGCGGCCCGGGCGGCCAAGAUUAAGGAGGGCGAGCUGCAGCGGCUGCAGGCCACGCUGGCCGGGCUGCGGGACGGCGCAGCCGACAAGGUCAAGACGGCGCUGCUGGCCGAGGCACGCGAUGAGGCACGCCGGGCCUUCGACGGCGAGCGCCUGAGGCUGCAGCAGGAGAUCCUGGAACUCAAGGCGGCACGCCGGCAGGCCGAAGAGGCGCUGGGACACUGCAUGCAGGCCGACAAGGCCAAGGCGGCCGACCUGCGCGCCGCCUACCAGGCACACCAGGACGAGGUGCACCGCAUCAAGCGCGAGUGUGAGCGCGACAUCCGCAGGCUGAUGGAUGAGAUCAAAGGGAAGGACCGUGUGAUCCUGGCCUUGGAGAAGGAGCUGGGUGUGCAGACGGGCCAGACCCAGAAGCUGCAGCUUCAGAAAGAGGCCUUAGAUGAGCAGCUGGUCCAGGUCAAGGAGGCCGAGCGGCACCACAGCAGCCCCAAGAGAGAGCUCCCGCCUGGCAUAGGGGACAUGGCUGAGCUCAUGGGCGCCCCGGUGAGGAAACUCCUGGGGUUCUGGGGGGCCCAGAACCUGUUCGAGAUGCACCUGCCCCCGGGGGCUCCAUUCCAGGAUCAGCACAUGGAUGAGCGCGACGCUCGGCGAUUCCAGCUGAAGAUAGCGGAGCUGAACUCGGUGAUCCGGAAGCUGGAGGACAGGAACACCCUGCUGGCUGAUGAGAGGAAUGAGCUGCUGAAACGCUCGAGGGAGACCGAGGUGCAGUUGAAGCCGCUGGUGGAGAAGAACAAGCGGAUGAACAAAAAGAACGAGGACUUGCUGCAGAGCAUCCAGAGGAUGGAGGAGAAGAUCAAGAACCUCACGCGUGACAACGUGGAGAUGAAAGAGAAGCUGUCUGCUCAGGCGUCGAUGAAGCGCCACGCAUCCCUGACCGACCUGAGCCUGACACGCGACGAGCAAGAGAUCGAGUUUCUGCGGUUGCAGGUGCUGGAGCAGCAGCACCUCAUUGAUGACCUCUCACUGGAUCGGGAGCGACUGCUGCGUUCCAGGAGACUUCGGGGGAAAGGCCUGAAGCCCCCCAAGAAGCAUGUUGUGGAGACAUUUUUUGGAUUUGACGAGGAGUCAGUGGAUUCGGAGACCUUGUCAGAGACCUCGUGCACAACUGACAGGACGGAUCGCGCCCCGAUCACCCCCGAGGAGGACGUGGAUGAUGCCCCCAGCAGGGAAGAGGCGGACCUGCGCUUUUGCCAGCUGACCCGGGAGUACCAGGCACUGCAGCGGGCAUAUGCCCUCCUGCAGGAGCAGGUCGGCGGCACACUAGAUGCCGAGAGGGAGGCCCGGGCCCGGGAGCAGCUGCAGGCUGACCUGCUGAGGUGUCAGGCCAAGAUUGAGGACUUGGAGAAGCUUCUGAUGGAGAAAGGGCAGGACUCAAAAUGGGUGGAAGAAAAGCAGCUGCUCAUCAGAACAAACCAAGACUUGCUGGAAAAGAUCUAUAGGCUGGAACUGGAAGAGAACCAGCUCAAGAACGAAAUGCAAGAUGCCAAGGAUCAGAACGAGCUGUUAGAGUUCAGAGUGCUAGAGCUGGAAGAGAGAGAGAGAAGGUCGCCCGCCUUUAACCUACACCUUGGCACCUUCCCUGAGAACAGCAGUGCGCUCCAGCUCUUCUGCCACCACGAAGGAGUGAAGGAUGUGAAUAUUUCUGAACUCAUGAAGAAGUUGGAUAUCCUGGGUGAUAACGGGAAUUUGAGGAACGAAGAACAGGUGGUCAUUAUCCAGGCCGGGACCGUGCUGGGCCUGUGUGAAAAGUGGCUGAAGCAGAUAGAGGGGACAGAGGCUGCGCUGACCCAGAAGAUGCUGGACCUGGAGAAGGAGAAGGACCUAUUCAGCAGGCAGAAGGGCUACCUGGAAGAGGAGUUGGACUACAGGAAGCAGGCCCUGGACCAGGCCUACCUGAAAAUCCAGGAACUGGAGGCCACGCUGUUCACGGCGCUGCAGCAGGAGCCGGGUCUCAAGGCUACUGAGGCGCUGAGCGCGGGCCAGCGCGAGGACCUGCAGGCGGCCGUGGAGAAGGUGCGGAGGCACAUCCUGCGACAGAGCCGCGAGUCGGACAGCCAGGUGCUGCGGGAGCGCAUGGAGCUGCUGCAGGCCGCCCAGCAGAGAAUCCGGGAGCUGGAGGAGAAGCUGGAGGCCCAGCGGAGACACCUCAAAGAGCUGGAGGAGAAGUUUUUGUUCCUGUUUUUGUUUUUCUCACUAGCAUUCAUUCUGUGGCCUUGAUGACGUCAACAGCCGGGAACUUGGGUUGGUAGAAAAAAAAAUGCUCACAAGGACCCGUGUUCCCCAGAUAUUCUAUGAAGGGGGAGACCCUGGGAUGGGGGGAACCCUUGCUUAGGGCCGUCUGGACUCCCCAGCACACUCUGGAGGCCUAUAAAGCAGGGGUGAGACUGUGGGAGAAAGGCUCCAGCCCCACCUCAGCGCUUCUCAGGGCUGGAGACAGGAUAGAGGCCAGGCCCCACACUGGGCAUUCUCAGUGCCUGGCCCAGUGGCCUGAGCAUUGAUAGGAAUGGUCUCUGGCCUCCCUGAACAAGGCAGCAUGCUGCAGCUGCUAUUCCUGGUCUUUCCCUUAAAUCCAGCCGGGAUGAAGCUCUGUGGGUUCUGGGGUUUCCGCAGCUGCCGUGCCCCUACACAGUGCCCCGAUGCCUGUGAGACACCAGCCACACACAGCCCGUUGGGGCUACCAUCGCCCAGAGUCAGGGUGCCCAGA